AUGGGGCGGACCUCGACCGGCAGCCCUGGCCUGGACAUGACUGUGCUCGUGCAGUACCUAUCCCGCAAGGGUCCCCCAGCCUCCCCCUAUCGCCAGCAGUACCUAUCCCGCAAGGGUCCCCCAGCCUCCCCCUAUCGCCAGCAGCCUUUGGCCAAGUUGGUAGCUCCACGAGGACGCUCAGAGCCCAGCUCUGGAGAGCUGAAGCAUCCGACCGUUCCCCACUGCUCCCAGGAGCGGUUACCUGGGCACUCUGUGCCCCUUAUUCCUGUCCGGGCCCAGGCCGAGGACCUGCCAGUAGGGCUCAAUUGCCUGGAGCCCGUUCAGCCCAUCCCCAAGUCCUUGUGGGAUCUCCCCGUUGCUCCUGCCCCUGGUCUGAGUGGCAGGCCAUCUUACAAGCACCGGGACACUUCGCAUCAGUGGUGUCAAGACAAUCCUUCCGUGAUCCUGCAAGCCCUGUCUUCCUUCCGGGAUCAGCAAGCCAGUGCUGUGUGCUCCGAAUUCCAGGGCAUCCUCCAGCUCAGCCACUGCACUGAGCACAAGGACUCUCUGUGGGGCCCAGGAGCAGGAAGUCACCCCUUUGGGGCCCACAACACCCGGCUGUCCCCAGACUCGUGACCAGGGAAGGUAGUGUAGGAGAGCAAGGCAGGGAUGCCUGAGCAGGACAAGGACCCCAGAGUCCAAGGAUUUGAUGAUCACGGAAGGGUCCCCAAGGUCACCAGGGAUGCACCGAGUGCAUUUCGGCCCCUGCGGGACAAUGGAGGCCUCUCUCCCUUCGUGCCCAGGCCUGGGCCUCUGCACACAGUCCUCCAUGCCCAGAGGACAGAAGUCAGAGACAAGCAGAGGCCCCAGACCUCCUGCACGAGCUCAGGCACAAAACGAAACGCCAUCUCGAGCUCCUACAGCUCCACGGGAGGCUUCCCGUGGCUAAAGCGGAGGAGGGGGCCAGCCUCAUCCCACUGCCAGCCAACCCUCAGUUCCUCAAAGAAGGUCAGUGAGGACGGACCUCAGGCUGUCUCUUCGGGUCACACUCAGCGUGCACCAAGGCAGACGCUCGCCCCCAGGAAAGGCUCCCCCAGAUCCCAGGCCUCUAGGCCCUGUGGACGCAAGUUUCCCCUGCUGCCACGCAGGCGAGGGGAGCCUCUGAUGAUGCCACCUCCGUUAGAGCUGGGGUUCCGGGUCACUGCUGAAGACCUGGACCGGGAGAAGGAGGCUGCGUUCCGGCGGAUCAAUAGUGCACUGCAGGUUGAGGCCAAGGCCAUCUCGGACUGCAGACCCUCAAGGCCUUCCUACACUUCGUGCUCACUUGCAGCAGGGGCUUCUGGUCUGCCUUCUGUUUCUAAAGCACCCAGUAUGGAUGCACAGCAGGGAAGACACAACCCCCAAGACGGCCUGGGCCUAGUGGCCCCCCUAGCUUCUGCUGCAGGGACCCCCUCUACAGUUCCUGUGUUUGGGAUGCAGCACAGACCACCAGGCCCCCUCCUGUUCGUCUCCUCAUUUCCCCUUCCUCCCACCUUUUUCUACUUCUGGGACUCAGCCCAGGUCCUCUGCCUGAUUGCUGCACCCUUCCCAGCUGUAAGCAUGGACGGAAGCAUUUCUGGAGCCAGUUCCAGCCCGCCACCCACGCCCAUGGAAAUUGACAGUAGUGAAGCGGACGGAGCUCGGCAUUCCGUCAGAAGAAACCCUUUAAAGAGAAAGGCCGAUUGGUAA